AUGAUUAUAUUUCAUUUUUGGGUUGCUUUAAUAUUUGCAUCGAAAGAAAACUGGUUGUGGAGUGUUCAUGAAUUUCCAGUAAGAUAUGACAAUGUAGAUAGUCAUUUGAGGUGUACAAAAAAAAUAUUAGGAGAACAGUUGUAUGAUUUGAAUGAAAUUUUCGGAGAUCUAUCUAAGCUAGAAAAUAAAACUGUUACACAAAUUGAUAAUUCUUCUUUGAAUGGAGGGCUUCAAAGCUUUUGGGGGCGAUCAAUUGUAUUGCAGACAACAGAAGAAGAUAUAAAUAUUUGUUCAUCAAUCGUGACUGAAGAUUAUGAAUAUAUUUCGGAAGCAAGAUUUAAAACUUCUGUUUUAGGCUCGAUAAUUUUCAGAUCAUUUUCAUCACGAAACGGAGAAUCUUUUCGUACAUUAAUAAUCACUGAUUUAAGACUUGCUCCUAAGUAAGAUGUGAUUGAUCGUAUUUUUUACGUCAUACUUCAUCUCUUUUGUCUUUUAAGAAAUUCAUCUGCUAAAAUUUACAAGAAAAUGUCGUCCAAAUCUUGGAAAAUUUUUACAACAGAUGUUUUUACUGAUAAAAAUGAUGACACUCAAGAAAUGAAUUGUAACAAUUUGCAGAUUUUAUAUGAUCCGUAUAAUACUGGAAUAAAUAAUUCAAUCGGAGAUUUAGAUGUUCGGCUCGGAAAACUUAAAAUAGAUGGGAGUAAAAUGACUUUUGUGGACAAAGAUUUGCUUUUGACACUUAAUGAUUACUCCUUGUCUUCCACAAGAAAAUUAUACAUAGUUAUUCUUGAUGAUACAGCUCCUAAUAAGUAUAUAGCAUGUGCUAAAAUAAGACCAAUGAGUUCUAAAAUCUUUAAAGCUAUUAUAAAUGGAAAUGGGUUAAGAGGAAAUAUAGUUUGGGAACAAAAGUCUGUGUAUGAACCAACGUUUGUCAACGUGUCGUUAGGCUCAGUUCAUGCCAAUAAAAGAAGUUGGUUAGAAUAUGCGAGAGACUUAGGAUACAUUUACAUUACAAAUCUUCCUCCAACAAAUAAUUUAGUUGGGCAACCUAGUUAUUGUUCUAAUCAAAGUACAAGUGAAAUGUUCAAUCCUAUAAGCAAAACAAAUGUUCCAUUACCAGGUCUGGCUACACAAGAUGAAUACCCAGUAGGAGAUUUGACUGGAAAACUCUUAAAUAAGGAAAGAGAUAGUCCCAUGCGCAUUAUUCAGAACAGCUUUGAGCUUAAUGGAAGUUAUUGGGAUCUUUACUUGUCUUUGAGUGGGCCUGAUUCAAUUGUUCUUAGAGGGCUAGUAAUAACUAGGCAAGUUAUUUUACAGAUGGAUUUUACCAAUCGUCGUACAACUUUUUUCAAUUCCAGAAAGAAACAUAAUAACUUUGAACCAUGGACUUGUUCAACAGUCCUAAUGUAUGAUCCAGAAAAAAGAGAUUUUGAGAUGAAAAUGACGACAGCAAACGCAAUAUUCAAAUAUCCAAUAGUUGGAAAAGUAUUAUUCAGCCAGCCUGCAGAAGCUAAUUGGGAGGAUACGACAAUAAUAAUUGAAUAUUUAAUUCAUGCUGAUGGAGGAUCUCUUAACACAACUCAGAAUCAUCGAUGGUCAAUACAUGAAAAAGUUCCAGGAAAAGACUUUUAUGAUUGGCAAAAUAGAUGCAUUAGUACGGGAAAUGUAUUUAAUCCUCAGAAUUUGUUUUUUGAUAAUACAGAUGAAUCAAAAUCAUGCACAAAAGAAACGAGCUUAGCUUGUCGUAUGGGAGAUUUGUCUAAUAAAAUUGGAAAGAUUAGCAUAGCAGGCAGUAGAAAUGAAAGCUUUAUUUCACGGAAGCUUUUUACAUUGUCUAACUUACCUUUGGGAGGUCAAAAUAAAAUCAUAGGCAGGUCUAUAGUGAUAUAUGAUGAUUACGGUCCGAAAGCUAGAGGAGAACGCUUAGCAUGCUCAUCAAUUGAUUACAUACAACCAAGGAAAGCUGUUGUGAAAGAUUGGUUCGGAAAUGGAAUAUCCUCUAAUGUAUCUGGAAAAAUUGAAUUUACACAGCAAACCCAGUACGGUAUAACAAAUAUUGAGCAGGCGUUAGCAGGACGUUCACCAAAUAAUGUGUAUACCAUUCAUGAGGUACCUGUUACAAUCAACUUGGAAUUUCCAUGUGAAAUUUCUAGCAUACAAAAAAUUUACAACCCCACCUAUGUAAACAGUAAUAAAUUUGGUACUCUAGAUAGUUUUGAAAUUGGAAAUCUCAGCGGGAAAUUCUCUACUAUUGGGAUAUCGGAAAUGAAAAACGAAAGUUUCACAGAUAAUCAAAUGACACUGUUUGGAUACAACAGUAUUAUUGGUCGCUCUGUUGUCGUUGGUGACAAGAAAACCUCAAAAAAUAUUGCUUGUGGUACAAUAGAAAGGGGAUAUAGUUCCAAAGAAUCCAGAGAGGCUCGCGCAAUUGUAUCAUUUCAUCAUCCUCUAGGAUUUGCAUAUGGUUACAUACGACUUUCACAGUUGAUUGGCUUAGUUUCCGGACAAAGUGAUACAACUAUUGAAGUGAAUCUAAGAUAUCCAGGACUUCAUGAUCGCAAUAAAACGAGAAAUCAUCUGUUUAAUAUAUAUGUCAAUCCAGUAGGCGUAGAUGCCGUUGUUAAACAAACUGCAACAAGAUGUACUGCAGGCGGAUAUGUAUUUAAUCCAUUUUACACACAGCUAGCAGAUCCAAGAAAUGAGGAGUUAUAUAAAAAAGAAUGCAAUCUUGACAACCCAUAUAGGUGUUAUGUCGGUGAUGUUUCCGCUAGAGUGGGAACAAUUAAUAUUGGUUAUGGGAGGCAACUGUUAACAGAUCCCAAUUUUCCUUUAGAUGGAGUUGUUAGUGCCGUAGGAAGAUCCAUAGUAAUAUUUGGACCUGAGAGGUCUUCAGAAAUAUUUGCCUGUGCUAACAUUGAACCUGAUCACGAUAUUAUUAAAUAUGUAAACAUAGAAAGACCUCCAAGAUUUGUCACUGCUCAAUUUUUGGAAGACGUUAGAAAUGUUAUGGGUAUUCCUGAAUGGUUUCUUGAAGUGGACUCUCGAAAGACGAAACUUUUGUACGACAAUGCGUGCGUGCAGAUAGUAAUUCAUUUUAGAGGACCCAUUGCCUCUCGCCUUGAGCAAGAUUUCUCCAAAAUGUUAAUACUCGGUAGAUUGGAUUCGCCUUCGUUGUAUAUACCUGGCUAUCAAAACUCGAAAAGAAAAUCUACGAUACAUCAUAAAGAAUGUAGCAUAAAAGAUGGAAAUAAAAGUACAAGAAAAAAAAUUAAAAUAAAAGCAGUGGUUUCUUCUGCUUCUUUCUACAAGCUAUCCGUUAUAAACUUGACGUUUAUAAUGCUCUGUAUCUGUCAAAAAUAUUUACUUUUGUGAGCAUAAACGUACAUUUUGAAUUGGAUGGAUGUGCUGAGAAUCAUAAAACCAUUGGACUAUAAUUGUCUUAAAGCUUUACCCAAAAUAUAUACUCAAUUAAUGACGUCAGAAAUAUCUUGAUGAGUAUGCAAACAAGCUUGGAGAUAAUAAUCUUAACAGUGACAUCUUA